ACAGUCGUAUGUCGAGAAAUAAUCACCGCCAAAGUCGCAAGAGCAAAAGAACUUAUCGGGAAUUUUUGUGUGGAAUACGGGUACAAUUGCGUUAAUCAGUUAUCAAUUGAUCAUUGAUUUCCGGGGCAAAUCAUGGCUGGCUAUUGUGCUGUUGCCCCUUCUCCCAGUUGGAUUAUUUCGAUCCGUCUCUCCACUAUGCUCUCAAUUUCAGAGCCGGCGAAACAGUCGCACACUGUCGUUUCUUCCUAACCGAAUUCGUCCGGUGGUAACUCUUUGUCUUAUCGCCCCCCUCUCUUGCUGAAUACUGGCUAAUGUUGUGAAUAUCCAUGAUGUGAUUAUCGGGAAUUAUAGGACAGGCGAUACUGACGACGAAUCGGCUUCAUCUUUCAGUCGGGAGACGAAAUUGCGCUGGGGGUUCGAAUUCGAAAUUUUUUCUGUCUCGAGUUCGGGUUGAGCUUGAGAUUACGAACGACGUUGGAAUACGGAGGACAGUUAUCGGAUGGUCUUCGGAAAUGGACCUCCUCGUGUAUCUGUUGCCCGUUAUUGUGCUCGUGAUUUCGUGCGGCUUUGAGAGUCGUGAUAAGUUUAGGUAUUAUGGGAAAUUUGUGCUUUAUGGGGUGUGGAGUUCUAUCGUGGCUGUACUCAUGCUGCCGUGGAUUCUCGUCGACUCGCCCGGACACGUGAAGCAUGCCAGGCAUGCCUCGAUAUUCUUACGACUGUAUACACAACUUUUGGGCAUCAAAUGGGAACUUCGGGGCGUGGAGGAGAUCCACAAAGCCGAGGCGUGUGUGGUCGUGGUGAAUCAUCAAAGUAUAUUAGAUAUUUUAGGUUUAUUCAACAUUUGGACGACACUGGGAAAUCUAGCUGCAGUAGCAAAAAACGCUUUGUUGUGGGUAAUUCCCUUCGGUCCCAUUGCGUGGUUAGCUGGUACCGUAUUCAUUGAUCGUAAAAAUGGCAAAGCAUCGAUGGAAACAUUAAUCACUGUUGUAAACAAAUCCCAGGGCCAAGCUACGAAGCUGUUAAUCUUCCCAGAAGGCACGAGGAAUAAAGAUAUUUUAUCAAAUGGAAUUCAGACAUUCAAGAAGGGCGCCUUCAAGAUAGCGAUUGAUAAUCGCUUGCCGAUUCUACCUCUCGUUUUUUCACCUUACUACUUCAUCGAUGAGAAGACAUGCUUUUUCGGACAUGGAAGGGUGAUAAUCAGUGCCCUAGAGCCGAUUCCCACGGAGAAUCUAACUCCCACCGACGUGGAAGAAUUGAUGACCAAGACACACUCAAUAAUGCAGAAAGAGUUCGAAUCUCUGACAAAAGAAGUGCUCUCAACCGUGCCGCAGGACUAUCCCGCCAACGUCCAGUGGCGCCAGGAACACUUCAAAAAUAUGAAUAGCUGAUAACUCAACCCCCAUACUCGGAGAGAAAUAUUCAAUAAAAAUGACGUAUCUUUUCCGUAAUUCCGGGGCGAAAUGUGGUUGUAGGAAAUUU